UUUAGAUUGUAUGCAUAUAUAUAUGUGUGUGUGCGUGUGUAAAAUAUAAUAUAAUAUAUGUAUACACAUAUAUGAAACAGUCGAUGUCAAACAUGCGGCGAAGAAUAACGCGCCCCGAUUCUGUCAACGAAAAGAAGCAGCAGCGGCGUGUCAACGUGAUUGUUCAUCAGUGAAGUCGAAGUGGUUAAAAAACGCGAGUGCCGAUGAGCGCGUAUUUAUGGCGGCGCGGGUGCUUUUGCUCGGCAUCUUGUUUACGGAAGUGCUCGAGCCCGUUUGCACCGCAGGUGUUAGAGGUUCGAGCGGAGUUUACAGCAGUAAAAAUGGUUCAAAAAUUGAAGGCUCCGAUCUUGGUCUGACAAAAUAUUCCGACUUUAGUUUGGGCAUUGAACCUGGAGGGACGGUUGUAUUGGGGAAGCGAGGAGUCACUCUUAGUUGUCAAUCGUCUGGAAAUGAUCAGGAUAUAUCUUGGUUACACAAUGGUGUACCUGCACCUCCUUGUGGAAUUGCACGCUGCGGUUUAUUAUACAAUGGCUCACUCCACAUUUACAAAAAACAAAAUUCGCAGUUGUCACAAAAAUCAAAGGGACGCGAAAGUUUUUCAUCGGUGUCUGGAAAAGGUUCGAAAAAACAUGAAUAUAGAUGCGUAGCACGAGUGAGUUCCGGAGGAUACCUGCGAUCAGCACCGACCAUCGUUCAAGUGGCUGAGUUGUCGCAUAAUUUUAAGGAGUCGCCCGAAGAUAUGACAGUGGGAGAGGGAGAAAUUGCUAGGUUUUCGUGUCUCAUUGACAGCAUACCAUUUCCAGCGAAUAUAACGUGGCAGCAUAACGGCGAGACUUUAAAUAUUGAUCGUAAUAGCACCAAAUAUUAUUUUGUACGGCCAGGUGUUCUUUACAUAAGCUCAACGAAACUCUCCGAUGCCGGUUCAUAUAGGUGUACUGCGGCAAAUGAUCAUAUAAAGAAAACCAAAAAGAGCAAAGAAGCAAAACUCACGGUAAACGUUGCAAGCCGAACAAAUGAGCCGGCAAUACCGAUCUCACUGUUUCCCCAAAUAUCCUACACCCAUCGACUGAUGAAUGGUUCGAAUAUUAGUCUAGCAUGCGCAGCAUCCGGGUACCCAUCAACCACUGUCACGUGGACAUUUUUUCCACGAUAUUCAGACGGUCCCGCUGUACCGCGAAUUCUAUUGAAUUCUACGAAGGGUAUUGCCAUUCUUGCAUUAGAAAAUGUGAGUCUUUCGAAUGCGGGUAUUUACUCGUGUUCGACGAAAAAUUCUGAUAUACAAAAUAUUACCAUUGACAUUAUGGUACCACCGAGUUUUUUGAAAAAACCGACGAGCCAGAGCUUUCCUAAUGGACGAACAGUGAGAUUCAAAUGUCAGGCGCAGGGAACUCCAACGCCAAAGAUUUAUUGGCUAAAGGAUUCGGCAAAUAUUACGACGAAUGGUCGACGAACGACAUAUGAGAAAGAACAAAAUAAAAUGGAUUUAGCAAUAUCGGCGACGGUUCCGUCAGAUUCGGGUAUUUAUCAGUGCGUGGCGGUGAACGCAGCCGGUGAAAUUUGGGCGGCUGGUCAUUUACAAGUAAACACAUCAAGACACAGCCCAGCAGCGCCGACUUCUCUCAAAUGUCACGCUCCGUCACCUUCUAAAAUAUUCAUUUCCUGGGAACCACCAAAGUCUUUGGAGUCUACUCGUAUUACAGCGUAUACCGUCCAUUACAGGCCCGAAGAUGGUGGUCAGGAAGAAAUUUCUCCACCGGAACCGGGCAAUUCCACAUCGGUAGAAGUCACGAAACUUCUCGAACCGUUUACUAAUUAUUCUUUCUACGUCAGAGUGUGGAAUAAUCACGGAGCAAGCGAUCAGUCUGCCACAAUCGUUUGUUCGACAGCGGCGAGUGUUCCCAAAGCUGUACCGAAAAUACGGGUCGAGCCGCUCGACAGUACAAAAAUCAAUGCCAGUUGGGAACCUUUGUCAAGCAAAGAGGCUAGAGGAGUCAUUGAAGAAUACAAAUUACAAUGGAGACUUGACGAUCAACAAGCCUGGCGAGUACACUUUUUGCCCGCAACCGUACGACACUACGUAAUAACUGAUUUGUUGCCCGGAGCUCGGUAUCACUUUCGCGUGUUGGCUAGAACGAGCCAAGGAUGGCCGAAUAUGAGUGAGACUCAGCUUGGCUGGACGAGCGUCGUUUUACCGCCUUUGGAAACCGACAAACCCAAGUUGAGAAAUUUCGUAUACGUUCAAAUAACUCGCUUCAACGCUUCGACCAUCAAAAUGUCUUGGAAUUGGAAAGAAAAGUGGCAAAAUCACUUGCCAACUUUGAAUCAUGGAGACUCAUGGAGAAUCCAUAGUGACUAUAAUAAUGGUGAUAAACUUACCGUUACACUGCCGAUAAAUACUACAGAAUAUCUAUUCACGAGUCUAGAAACUAAUGUUUCGUACACAAUGGAUCUGUGUAUGAUCGAUUCUGGUGUUGAGAUAGAUUGCCUGACUGAAACUAUUGAAUCGACUCAAGCCAUUUCUGAUAAUGUUCCAAGUGCCCUGCAAGCCUCGCAAAUUUCAUCGACAAAGAUUCUUCUUACGUGGGAAAUUUCUAAUAUCAACGAGGGACAAACUUAUGAAAUUUGUUAUCAACCAGUGUACGAACCAGAUCCUGAAAGAACUCAAUGUAUCUUUGUACACGAUAGUAAAUUAGUAAUAAUCGAUCAACUCAAGCCAUUUACAAUGUAUCAAUUCAAAAUGCGAAGCGUGGGAAAUGGUACAAUCCAGAUGGAAGAAUUUAGCGAUAGUAUAGAGUGUUAUACGAGCGAAGAUGUUCCUGGAAAGCCCGAGGACGUACAAUGGUUCAUCGGCAAUGGUACAAACGCAAAAAUUGCCUGGAAACAACCGACCGAAACGAACGGCGUGAUUCAAAAUUAUUUUGUUUCGUACACGAGUGAUCUGACGGAAUCGACGUUAACAUGGGGCAACGUCACGGUACCGGGCAAUAAAACUUCGGUUACUUUGUCAGAUCUGCUCACUGGUAAACGUUACGACGUUAUGGUUCAAGCCGCAACCAAAGCUGGAUACGGACGACCCUCGGAUCCGAUAUUCAUUAUUACAGGUGGAAACAGCAGUCCCUCGAAAGGUCCAACCAAAACGGACGAACAAAAACCACCCCAGAAAACCAAACCUGAUCAGAGUCUCGGAAUAAUAAUAGGUGUGAGCAUUAGCAUCUGUUGCAUAACGGUAUGUUUGUGCAGUAUGUAUUGUCGAAAGAAAUGCGAAAAUUCUCGUUCCUUAAGAGAAAGCUCACAAUCGCAAAAGAGUCGAGCAUUGAUGAGAAGGAGCAAUGGUUGUUGCGUCGAAAGGUCAGCGACUCCUGUUAUUCAACAGAUGACUCCUCAAAUAGUUCGCAACGAAAUUGAAUUGGCUGAGCUUUGUGCUUCUUCUCCUACCUCAACUAAUCCACAGUGCGACACUAAGGGCGGACACCCAAAUGGCGUUCUCGAGAAUUGCGUGAAAGAACCUCUUCUGACGCCCUGGAACUCUUCUCACGACGAAUCGAAGGAUCUACGAAUCACGGAGAAUCCACAGUGUAAACAGAGUGGUGGUAGUCCGGUUUCAAACAGACAAGAGCCCGAUUCAGUUUUGAAUAUAACUGAGCUGACGAUGAUGGACUGUACGUUGGCAGGGAGUGACAACAGUUUGAACAACAAUCUCGGUUGUCGGAAUGCUUCGCCUCGUAAAACUGUACCGAUAGCGAUGCCUGUGCUUGAGCCCAACGGUUGAGAGAGGUAACAAAAGUCGAUCUGCCGUUUGAAACAAAGCGAGCAGAUAGAGAGAGAGAGAGAGAGAAGGGGAGGGAGAGGGUUGCGAGAAUGGCAAGGAGCUGAGCGCGGCGAAGAAGUGCACAAAACAAAAAGAAAAAAGCGGUAAGGGUAAAACAAGCACAAUGAGUACUCCCAAAACGGUCUUUCGAGAGCCUGUAAAUAAUUGAAAGAUCAACUUAGCGCAGCUUGUCGUCGACCCUCAGGAAGCAUUUUCCUUUAUGUAAAUGCUUAGCAGCCGCAAACCCUCAAAAAAAAAAAAAAAAUGUCAAAGAGAACGAAACAUUAAAAGCGCGAUAACCGCCGAGAUUAAUCGUCGUCGCACUAUUACACCGUUACGACACAAGAAGGUAUCGUUUCGUUGAAAUUCGCGUCAUUUAUUACGAGUAUAUAAUUUUUUCUUUACCCUAGUUACUCGUAAAUCUAGACUACUUGCUCACGUUCGGAAUCUCGGUCGUUCUUGCCUCAGAAUUAAAUUAAAAAACAAUUUAUAUUAUCAACAGAGAAUAGCGAAAAGGGAAGUAACAAAAAUGAGGAUUGAGACUCUCAAGCAGGAUCACAAGAAAUUUAUAAUAAUAUUGUAUAUAAUUUUUAUAGCCGUUAAUUGUGAAUAUGUCUAUAAAACGUUUCCCCGAUACGGAAUUUAAAUCAACAACAGACAUUUUGACCGCGAAAUGAAAUAUACACCAGAGUUAUACCACGUCGGAUAUAAAUACUCUUAACCGAAUUCCAUUCUCUUCUUAUUACUUCGAUGCACUGAUCGAAAACGAGUACAUUCCAUAUUAUUAUUUUCAUUAUCUUUUUUUCUUCAAUCAUCAAUUAAUUUGGAAGUAACAAGAUAGCAAUAGACUCAUGGUUUGCAGUGCCGAAUUUUCAAGAACACUAAAUGCGGUAGCUUCUUCUGCGAGGGAACAAGUUCAGAUUUGAAUCGAACGCGUUAUACAUUUAUCGGAGUGUCAAAUAGCUUUACGUUGCCGCUUGCAAUCAUUUUAAAUUCCAUUUUUUAUUUAUCUCUGAAAUCGUCUUAUCAUGUUGAACAAUGAAACAAUAAUCUUUGGAACAAUACUCGGUACAAUAGAUGUGCUUAGGGUUCCUAGAUGUUGUAAUUGAAAAAACGCAGUUCUGCACGAUCUUAAAAAUGAGGAUUCGAAGCAUCGCAAAAUAUUGAAUCUACGAAGUUCGUCAGAAUCAAAAGAGUCUAUGGAACUUUUCAAUUUCAAGCUUGUUUUUUCUUUCGAGACAUUCACGAUCGUACUGAUUUUUAGCCAAUAGAAUUUUUGUUAUUGUUAAUCUUUAUCGAUUUACCUGCGUCGAUUUCCUUCACUUUCAAUGAAUAUUCGUAGUAUUUUAUAUUUGCAUUUGUUGUUUGUAGCUGCAAUUAAAUAUUAAUUUCAUUGGGUAUGAUUUUGUAAACGAGAGAGCAAUAUGGGAUUGACUCAUAGAAAUACUCUUUACGCUUAUUCUUAAGGGGAGGCUAAAAACUCUUGAACAAACGCGAUGGAAUCCGAUUUCUUUUACUUCCGAAAGGGAAAAAAAAAACUUUAAGGAACAUAAAGUAGGAAGGUCCCCUUGAGCCUUUUCGUUUACACGAAGCCAGGAUAUUUAUAUUUAUAUAACUAUUUGUGUAUAUAAUCCAGGACCAAUUAGUUUUCAAUCUUAUUUGGCGUUUCUAUUCAGGGCGAACACAACGCAGAGGAUACUAACACACUAACAAACAAGCAAGCGCAGAUACACAUAUGCCGAACAGGUGCAUGUUACCAUGACAGACAUGACAGAAUGAAAGAUAAAAAACAUAGGCAAACGAAAGAGAAGAGACCGAAUAGAAAGAGAAUAAUAAUAAUGAAAAGAAAAACCCAACUCAGUACCUGAUAGACUAAGUUAUAUCGUUUAGAGCGAGAUGUAGAAAUGUCAAUGUUAUUACCGUACCUUCAUUCAUUGUUAUUCAAUACUUCGUAACAUUCAUGAUUCACGAUUAUUCAACUAUUAAGCAACAAUUUUCAUUGGAGCACACGCGAUUUAAUCAGAUUAUUUCUUUCCGGACACAGAAACGAGUGAACAAAAAAACCCGUUCAAUAAUACUUUACAUGAGAAAAAUUUGAAACCAACGAUUUAGGUGGAUCUGCAGAAUUUGGAAUCUACGCAGCUGAACUGAAACUAAAAAAGUAUGUCGAUUUCUUUCUUUGAAACUUCACUUACAUGCAUUAUUGACGAUGGUAACUUUCAAAAGUCUCUCACAUUGCAUCAUAUAUGCGUGUAAAGAUAAAUCGAUUCAUGGCAAAUCGACAAAUACAUUCUCUGUACGAUGCAACGAAGCAGCGACUGAUAGUAUCACAGAAUUUUUUGGAUUCUCGACAAAUUGCUGAGUACCGAAUUUCCCUGUGGACCAAAAUUAUUGGCACGACAUUUGUAAUGCAAAAGAAACUUGCAAAAAAAAAAAAACCCUUUUUUGUAUGAUAUCAUACACAUAACAGAGAAAGGCUCGUCGUUUUAUCAUUGAAUUCUAUAUAAUAUUUUCCAUAUCCCUAAUCGUAAGGCUACAGAUUUUUCUCAACGAUACACUGUCGUUACAAUUUUUAUCAGGUACCAUUAAUUUAAAUCUGUUAUCAAACACUUGAGAAAGAAAGUUUUCCUUUCCAAUGGUAAUUUACGCGAUAGAAGAAAGAACUCCGACUGAUUCGAAAUACACCAGAGGCUCGCAAAUCAUUGUUACAGAUAUUUAACUUUCCAUAACGCUUGAGUUUCGUUGAUCUCUCGAGAUCGAUGAUCACCUCCUAUGACGGAAUUGGGCAUUUCACAUGAAUUUGAAAAAAUGAUUUUUUUUUCCAAACUUUUUCAAACGAAAUGUAUUGUGAGAAGAAAAAACUCAUUUCUAAUUUAAUAUUCCGAAGCUUCAUUACUCCACUGUAUAAUGAUUAAAUCCAUUUAUCAAAUAAUCGUUGUUUGUCACGGAAGUCAUUUGACAUUUUCAUUUUCAAAUAUGCCCAAUCCUGUUGUAACAGCGUAUGCAAUAGUUGCCACUUUUUCUUCGCUUGAAACGGGCGGGCGUGUUUGUCCCAACAGUGUACGUUCGUGAUUUAAGCAUUUUGUUUCGUUAUGAAGAUGACACAUGCAUAUAGUAAUAUAAUAUCUUGAACGUUCAUUGCAAUAGAAUAAUCCGACGCCAAAACCCCUGUCGUUGCGGGCGUAAAGUAAUUAUAAAAGAACAAAAAAUCAACAAAUGCAUCUUACAGUAAUGUACAGUUUGUGAGCACCGAGCAAAAAAGGUGAUUUAUACAUUCUUAUCCAAUAUAAUCGAAUCAUCUGACAGUUUUUUUUAACACUCCACAUUUCUGUCACUAUGUCUACCUUGUUGAUCGUUACUUUUAAUUUUUUUCUCGAGUCUGUAUUCAAGUGCGAGGGAGGUAAAUACGGGAGAUAAAGAAAACAUAGUUACUACCAUUCCUUUGUAAUAUAGAGUUUUUAUGAAAAUCGACGAAAAUAAUCCCAGUGUAUUGCAAGAGCUCAUUACGAAAUUCCUAGAGUUAGAACUUUGGUUCCUCAACAGUGGCAUCUAGCUUUGUACAAUGUUUUAUUUUUUAUUUUCAUCGUUUUUAAACAUAACACACACAAACACACACACACACACACACACACGCGCGCGCGCGCGCGCGCGGGGAUUAUGUACCCACAGGCAUUUUUUAUUUUGGGUGACAAGGGCAGCACACGUUUAAGUCUCGCGUAUUAAAUAUUAGAAGUGGGAGGUGGGGUCAUCGUACUGUAAUUAACGUUAACAAACAUGCAAACAAAAAGGGGAAAAAACAAUAUCAGCGUCAUUCGCGCGUACACCGGUAAACAUCGUACGGGAAAUCCGGCCUCCACCGAUGGUGGACAAAUUCUUUGAGUUUAUUAUAACUUAAGCAAUGAAUUUAUUAAUCGCGUUAUUUAGUAAAUUGCGCAUCAAUUGUAAUAACACAAUUUAUUAGCGUGACGUUUUAUUUCUUGCUCCUUGUAUUAUUUAGAUUUAUUUCCAUACGUUUGGUAAAUUUGUCCGUUGCUAUGGAAAUGAAAAACAAAAAAUUAAUCCUAUACACGUAAGAACUAGGCAUUUAUGAGCACACGUAUUUCGUAUGCGUUUUUUCUUUUUUUUUUUUUAAAUUUACGAUUUCCGUUUCCGUUAAAAUAAGGCAGUUUUCGGUCAUUAUUACACUCGUAGCUGCAUUUUCCAUUCUCAAUAUCAAUGAAAAAUCGUCAUUCGAAACGUAAAUUCACAACAUUUGCGAUCACAUUCGAUCGCGUUUUCUAUUCCGAGUAGUUCGAGGAUUUUCUUUUCUUUUUUUUUUUUUUUCCCCCAGCUCAACAGAGAAGCGAGGAAAUGCCGGUGGCAAAUGAAUCAUUUUAUACGUUUGGCUGAUCGAUUGAUUAAAAGUACAAAAACCAUAAAAUAUUAAACUCGUGGUUGAUCGGAAUAAAAGCAAAUGAAUAGUUGCUUAAAUUAGAUAUCGUGUAUAAAAGAAAUUUGUACCAAUGAUGAAUUCUCGGUUUUUCAUUAGCAAUAAAGUUUGCAAAGCGGUCACCGAUCGUUUACAACACGAUCAUCUUUGUUCGUAAUAUUAAAAAAAGCAUUAAAAGUCGUUGAUUCAUAAAGCAUCAAUCUUCUCAGUACUUCUCAAUAUCGUUUCCCGUUUUAUUUGUAAUAAGAACUAUAGAAAGGAGAAACAAUGAAUACUACAAGAGCAAGAAUACGAGGAAUCUGCGUAUCUUCUUUCGGUUCCUUCUUCCGGCAAACAAUGUUGUACAGUAAAAAAUGAAGGGAAAAAAACCAUAUUUCGUUUUGCGUUGGUUCAUACACUGACCAAGUAUUAACUAGAUCGUACAGCGAUUCUAGUCGAACGAAUAUACCUCUAACAGCGCGAUUGCCCUUUUUCAUUAUUUUUUAUUCAUAUGAGACGAAGGGUGAUCACGAUCCGAUUACUUAACGAUAACUUAACCCGCAGUACCUACUAGAUUUCUAUUAUUUAAUUUUUAUACCAUUUACCUCACAGGAUACAUAAAAUUCGACUGAUACUCGAACGUAAACGCGUAAAUAGCGUUUUAUAAUUUACACAGAGACAGCGUGAAAGAAGGAGAUAAAACAAAAAAUAAAGGCGAGACGGUGGGACAUGAAGUCGAAAAAAAAAAAAAAAUUGUAUUACUACAGUUAAUUGUGAAUGAUGGAA